AAGAGAUCGUCGUUGAAGAAAAUCGACUCCAAAAUCAGACCCAAAAAUUUUAGAAAAUGGUGACGAAGUUUUGACACCUUUUAAUUUCUGGGACUGGUUGCGAACGCGUUGAAGGAUAAACGAUCAAAGUGUUUUUGUAUUUGUAGAAGCAGUUUAUAUGUGCGCAGCAUGAAGAAACUCGAAAGUAAAGGAAAAAUGUUUUGAAGGUGUCUCCGCAUACGGAUCGACUUGUCGCUGGGUGUUGCCAACAAGUGAAAAAAUUGAUAAUUCUGGCAAUAGCUGUGCUUCGGUGGCAAUUGAAUUGCUUUAAAUGUGUGACCGUGGAAUAAAGAAACCACCUGCAAAAGGAAAUAGCUGAAAUUGUUCAGCCGCUGAACUCAAAGUAAAGUGCAUUUUUCCCUGGGGACAGAAAAAUGUUUUCACUGCUUUUCAUUCUGGUGCGUGUGUUCGUUGUUUGAACGAAGAAGCAUAAAACGAGUUGAUUACUUUCGAUUAUGAUAUGAUAGAUUGGCUACAUGCAUGAGUGAGGUACUAGCUCGCAGCAAGAAUCGGUAGAAUAACCAAAACGUUCACCAAGGCUGGCGUUUGCUCCAGAAUAUGAUUACUCAUCGUCGGCUCAGUAAACAUUCACGCCAACAUUAGCUUUAACCACGGGAGGAGCACACCCAGACACGCCCUGCGCGAAUGACAGUCACUAAGUAAAUCUUGCAGCACAUUUUCCCAUAAUUGCAGCAUCAUCAAGUAUCCACAAUGUACACAGUGUGAAAAGACGCCACCAUAAGCUGUGUGAUCCUAGCAAAAAUGCUUGUUCGGCUCAAAGUGAUGAGGUAAUACGACAAAUACUUCCAACCACCCAGGCAGCUCGUUUCCGCUAUCUGGUUCCGUAAUUUGGAAAAUUGCUAAGAAAGGCAAGCGCUAGCAAACAGACAAGAAACACUAAAAGUUAAAACAUCACAAAACGAGCUCGUCGUCGGUCGAAAAAUGAUUUCAUUGGGGAGAAUUUUACCACCCAACCGAGACACCAGCGGCAAUCAACAUUGCGGAACAGUGCCCAAAUAGACCAAAUCGACCUGGAAGAGUAAAACUCGAAAGGAAAGGAUCAAGCGUAAUUUAGGGAAAAAUUGAAAUUAUUAUAAAACAUCACCAGUAAAGUACAAACUUAGAGUUUACGAGCACUUGCAACAAUGGCACCGAGUCAGAAGGUCACGAAAAAAUGGGAAAUUUUUGCUGGACGAAACAAGUUCUAUUGCGAUGGGUACCUGAUGACGGCUCCCAAUUCCGGUGUCUUUUACUUUACCGUUGUGCUCAUCACCGGAACCAGUGGUCUAUUUUUUGCAGUUGAUUGUCCGUUUCUGGCAGAGCGGAUAACGCUGGCUAUUCCAAUUAUCGGAGGCAUUUUGUUUGUGUUCACGAUGAGCUCUCUUUUUCGCACAUCAUUCAGCGAUCCAGGGAUCAUUCCACGUGCCUCCCAGGACGAGGCCGCAUACAUCGAAAAGCAGAUCGAAGUGCCAAACUCACUUAACAGCCCGACAUACCGACCGCCACCCCGAACGAAAGAAGUCUUCGUCAAAGGUCAGACGGUAAAGCUUAAAUAUUGCUUUACUUGCAAGAUAUUUCGACCACCGCGGGCAUCGCACUGUAGUCUAUGUGAUAAUUGUGUUGAUCGGUUCGAUCAUCAUUGCCCUUGGGUGGGCAACUGCGUGGGAAAACGAAACUAUCGUUUCUUCUAUAUGUUUAUAGUCUCUCUCGCAUUCUUAGCAGUAUUCAUAUUUUCUUGUACAACAACGCAUAUAGUUUUGUUGUUCAAAGACGAGGAUCAGUUUUUUGACAUUGUCAAAAAGACUCCGUUUAGUGUGAUAAUAGCAAUAAUUUGUUUCUGCUCGGUGUGGUCCGUGAUAGGCCUUGCCGGCUUCCACACCUACCUAACAACCAGUGAUCAGACAACGAAUGAAGAUAUAAAAGGUUCUUUCACCUCGAAAGGCGGCCAGCAGACGGUCAAUCCCUACUCUCAGGGCAAUAUUUGUCUAAACUGUUUUCACAUUCUUUGUGGACCAAUAACUCCAUCGCUAAUUGAUAGGAGGGGUGUCGUGACUGAUGAGUAUCGAACACAGAUGCAACCUCCGGACAAAUACAACAACGCGCCGGUUCCGCCACUGGUCGUAAUGCAACCAGGAUUGGACGCAAUCAACAAACCGUAUAGUUUAGAGAACGAAACACAAAACUCAAACACCGGCGUUUUUCGGCAGCGCAGCUACGAUAACUUACAUAAUGGUAAGUCGCCAUCCAUCAAAUCAUCACUUAGCAGUAUCAAUAAUCUAACUAAUCUGAAUGUGACUAACUCAAACCAUCUUAAUACUAGCAAUAAUAGUAGCCAAAUUAAAAAUGUCCAAUUAUCGCAAUCUCCAUCACAGUACAAUAAUCUCUCAUUGUCUUAUGUAAAUCUUUCGCAAAAAACGCAACCAAAACUGUAUCACUCUGCGACAUGCAAUGUGACAUUAUCGAACUUCAUGCCGACUCACAACACUCCCAUGCUAAACAAUAACCCGAAUGCCAAUUACCAACCGAACCCACGUUGUCUGCAACCGCAACACCAUCUUCCGGCAGCUCCGAUACCGACGAAUUUCAAGUAUUUCGCUCCGCAGUCCAAGUACAAUACCUACAGCGACAGUCAGAAUCAACUAGUUCCGCAAACUUCUUCCGCAGAAGUGCUACAAAACCAUCAAUCCAGUGACGCACACAACCAGCAACAACAAAUACUUCAACAGCAACAGCAGCAACAACAGAUCAAUAUAAACAUCAAUUUGACUCUACCAAGGUACCCGUAUCACAAAAACCGUGCUAUCGGUAGAAAAUCACCCCAAGACCUGCAAUUGCACGAUCAAUCUAGCAAGAUGUUCUAUUCAAACCAUCCACCUUAUUAUAGCCAUUCUAGCAUAAACAGUCUGAACAACAGCUGUAGUGCACCAUCCCAAAACAACUUGCUAGUCCUUUCUGACUCGUCAUCCUCUUCGACUACUACCAUCUCGUCUACGACUUCCACAAGCUCUUCGAUGGAACAAUCCAACAUGUUACCAUCAGGAUCGUCGUCUUACCUUAACAGUUACGACACGAUCUCUGACCAACUUCCAACAAACUCACUUCCACACACUUGUCCCGGAAGUCCCCGGGCGCAUUGUGCCAGUCCCAGCUACAGCGAAUUGGAUCCAAUGCUCCAAAAAACUAAACAAACACAUCACAAAAAUUAUAAGUUCUACAAAAAUAAAUAUCAACAGCAGUCCCAGCUGGUACAUGCGUCUGCCGGGAAUCCUAUAUCUCCUCAGCCAUCCUUCAGUCAGUUUAGUCCAAGUUUCUGGAGUGCCAACAGUAACCGAAGUAGUGUUAUCAGCACCGGGACGCUCGGUUCAAUUAGCUUUGCUGCCGUCGGCAAUGGAAGUGCAAGUGGUGGUGUUGGUGGAGAUUGCAACGGUAGCAUUCUCAGCGGAGGAACUUAUCAGAAUUAUGGUGGCGUGGGGGUAAUCGGAGCCAACAGUAGUAGUAGUCCUUACGCACAGCGUCGAGCCGAUAAACAGCGAUUUUCAAACGUGUACGAUUAUAAGUUCAACAAUUUUGAUCUAAACUCAAUACACGAGGACGCUUCUAACGAAACAUAACACAUAUUGCAUUUUUAGUUUUGUAAUUUUUUAUAAGCUUAGAUGAGAGCGUGCCAAGAAACUGACGUAGAUUCAAUGUGGCUAGUUUUUCACAUGCGCUCUGCUUUUGCUUCGGAGGGUACAGAUGUCGGCAUUUGUGGUUGGAAUUGACGGUGUUUACCGCAAAGCAGGGGGGAUCUUUUGAUAUGUUGAAUCAUCAAAUUACCAUGUUAAUAUAAAUACCUACUUGAUGUUGAAAAUAUGGAACUUUAUGGCCGAAGGGAAUCCUUUAGCUGAAACCUGGCGUUUCAAUACCCGGCACAUGACCAUACAAAAAGAUGGAUGUCGAGCCCAAUACGUCGGAGAUGCACAUAAAACGCGUAGUGAUAGAACAAGAACCCGAACAUCACACAAUUGCAAUCCCUACCCCCCAUCCAUCCUUUAAAUACACCCUACUUAGUUCUACAAGGAUUUUAGACCGUCGAUAAUGCCGGGCGUUGUCGGCGUAAUGCCAAAAGAUAUCGAGGGAAGAAUAUCGUCGAUUGAAUACCGCAGUAUAUGAAACUCAAACGGGCUCAAACUGACAUGCAUCUGAAUCCAACAUAAUUUUGGAAAUUUUUGAACUUCAAGCGAAAAUGCGGCGAACUCUUCCGAAGAUUCGGCUUAACGAGGUUUCUUUUCUGUCUUUGUUGUGAAUAAUAUCUCUGGCGUGGAAGCUGAGAACGCCUCCAUGGAUGAUCUUGAAAAUUUUGUUGGUUUUAAUAUUAUCCUUAUCACUCCAUAGAUGAUUGUUUCCACCGCGAAUAAAUUGCAAAUACUCGGCGGGACUGGGUGGCAUAACAGCUACCGUUUAUAAUCCGCUACUGUUUUGUCAAGCUUUUGUUUAAUUUCUUCAACAAAUCGUUUAAGCAGGUUACAUUUCAAGCGAUUUGAAAAUACUCUUUCAUGUUUCCACCUACAGUUUACACCGAUUUGAAGGGUGCAGUGAAUACUCUUAAAGAAUGCCAUGGCUUGGUGCACAACGGAAGUAUAUUGACUGGUUAAGGCCUUAUUUGUGUGUUAGAGUCCUACCCACGAGACUGGAAUCCUGAGUUUACUCUCAUUUUACGAACAGAUCUGAAGUCCCACAAGGCACUGUUUGUAUUGUUCUUUGUUUAUUGUUUGUGUUUAUUUGUUGUAUCUUCACCAACAGACUCCUUGGCCCCAAUGGUGGUCGCUUAAACUAAUAGCAUUCCACGAUAGAAAUUGUUUAAGCUUUUAUCGAAUUCCUCGUUAGGUUCAAGUCAACAGCCGUUGCCACACUAUUAAAAAUACACUGAAGUCUGGUAACAGCACUCUGGCGACCAUGGUUGGUUCUCCUGAACAGUAAUCGCAGAAGAGAGUUAUUGCGUAGAGUUCAAACGCGGGUUGAAGAUCCGAGACGAACAGAGCUCGAGAGCAGUCCCUCCGGGUGUCUACUGUGUCGAGCUUUAUUAAGUAACAACGGUUUUUCUAGCUCGGCAGCUGAUAUCUGUUUUGCCAUGGAAGAUGUCGGAUUGCAAAGCGUAUAAACCGACGUUGGACAGCCUCGAUUCUGUCAACGCCGUUCUGGUGGUACGGAUUCCAAACAACAGUACAAUAUUCUAGUGUGGAGCGAACCAACGCGCAUUAGAGUGAUUUUAAACGGUAAACGUCCCUAAAGUUUUUCGCUAUUCGGAAGAUGAACCCAAACUGUCUUCAUGCCUUAUCCACGAUGUAUGAAGUAUGUGGUUUGGACUUGUUCGGAUCAUUCGGGCUUUUAUACCACGGCGAACGACGAUAAGCACACCACCACCUGAUGUCUUGUGGCUGUUGUGGGCAUUGCAAUCACAGCGGUAGGCAUCGAAUGUUGAGCCAAACACCUGGCGAGACAGAGUACGGUUGUCGAUCCACUGCAUAACAGCAGCCCAUGGUCGCGAUCAAAUGGCUGUCCGUUGAUGAAUUUAAGCCACCAACAUUUUGGUAACAAACUUUAAUGUUGUUGGAGGACGGAUCAGGUCCAGUAGAGACUGAAGCCGUUUUGGGCGUGUUAGAAGAUCCCUUAGUCAAUCCCACGAACAGUAUCGGAACGGCUAACAAUCGACGCAUCCCGAAUCAAAUGCGUCGCGCCCCAGAAUACGACGAUCGUCAUCGGCGAAAGAAUUGGUUGACAUCUGGUAACAAGAUGUCGGUGCGAACGGCAAAUUACUGGAAGCGAAGAAUGCAUCGGCCUAUGAAGUGCUCGGAGCAGUUGUAUACUUGACUUUCAUAGCGGAUUGGAAGAUCCUUUCACCCAUCCCACACACAGGACCGGGAUGACCGAUGAUCGCUGGUUGCAAAUGCUCGGUUGUGUCGGAGGGAUUGGGAGCUUCCAUAGUUCGAACUGCGGUACAUCCCAUUAUGCGUUGAACCCCGAUGGCGAUCCGGACGGUAGUAGCUUACGGCGAUAGUUAGAUAAUGAGCUAGCAGCGUGAAUCGGCUCAACCGUUGUACCGUUACAAUUUAUAUAAAACUUUCCGAGAAAGGCGGCUUGGAAGACCCCUUCUCCACUCAUACAUACAGAAUCAGGAAGACUGCUGAACGCUGGCGGCAAGGGCUCGACUGUAGCGGGGAUCUCCAGGGCUUCCAUAGUAUCAACCUCGUUGCGAUCGGCAGGGUCGUUGAUGGGACUGGUUCCAUUAGCGGAGUACAUGCUUCUUCUGGAGGCGGAGGAAAAUGUGUCGGCGGUCACCAAAAGGCUCUGGAUACGGCUAUCCUCAAAUUCCCUGAACAGUAUGCCUUGCGGCCAUGUGUCAGGGUUAGGAGCUGCAUCGCCGCGGUACUUUGGAUAAACUCCAACGUUGAAGGAUAUGAAGUUCAAAGUACUGACUUUUAUGCCUUAUUUAACAAGCGGAAUAACCUUUAUCUGCUCGUUGCAAUUUCUUUGGACAUAUUGUUCGACAUUCCCCUUGCUAACGCUCGGAUGAAAGCGGGAAAGAUACAACCAGAGCAACGGCGUGGGAGGUUUAAACGUAACAAUGUUGACUAGCUUUCGAACGCCAACAAGAAUAUUGCUCGGAUUAUGGCCAUACUCGUGGCGAUGUUUCUGACGUGGUUGAGAGGUAUCAGGAUUUGGCCGAACUGGACCUUUCUAGCGGAGCGCGAAAUUUUAUUAUUUUUGGAUAACUCGGCCUUUUAGUUCAGCUCAGACCUCAUCCGUGUUCCCAGCGAUAGCAGCGAUAACACAUCCAAGCAAAGAAACGAUGUCACGAAAGCUAACAAACUUCAUCAGCUUGACACAUUCAUUGCAUAUCCAAAAUAAGUUUGGAUUUUCCGCAAGAAUCCUCAAUCGGCUUGUUAAGUUGUUUCGCGCAUUCCAUAUCCACCAGAUUUUUGCAAAAACCCAUGCGUUGGAUGAAGGCGUCGUACGAUUUGACGAUUUUCACGCAGUGUUCGCAUGCACUUGCCAUAAUGCGUGCCGAUCUGAGAAUGCAGACAAUGAAAUAUAGAUGGCACUGCGUUCGGUUGAAAAUUUUGGUGAAAAAAGUCAGUAAAGGUACACAAAUUUUGAUUUUAAAUAACAAUUUUCCCGUUUGAUAUAGUGAUAAACAAGAUUCAGGUUUGAUUCAAUCAAUACUGUUGGUUGAAAUUACCAACAAUUUCAUUUGUUGACUUUUCAAUAGUUUCAACAAAUAUUUCGUUUGAAACAACAAAAUCAUGAUAAAUUUAACCGAACAAACAAGUUUGAAGAAACAAAAAAAAAUCUUUUUUAUUAAUCAAAGGAGAAAACAGCUCUAAUUUAGUUGAAAUCAAACUAAGAUCCUGUUGGUUUUGAACAAAGAGAAGUUAGAUCUAACAAACUUUUAUUUUGUUUCAACAAUGUUUCUAUUAAAAACGCAAGAAGAAGUAUUAGUUGAACUAAACCAAAUACAUGCUUUCGAGAAACGCCAAUUUUGUGUUGUUGUUUCAAAAAGGCCUGAUUCUUCUGCGUGAAGCAAACUAAUCGGUAAGAAUACACUGAACCAAAAAUUAUGGUGCUUGGUGUUAGAAGUACACUGGUUUAUGCUGAUGAUUUAUAGUUGUACCUUGCAGUUCGCUCUAUCGACGACUGCGUCCGUUUGCAAGAGCUUCUGGAUACGUCCGUUGGCUGGAGACAUAGAAAUUGACUCAUUGUUAGUACCACGAAAUAUCAUAAUUUUCCACCAUAGUUCAUAGUCUAUGCGAACCAUUUGGACGGCGUUGUAUGUCGCCCAUACUUGUACAGCAUACUCUAAGGUGUUCCGGACCAUUACGCAAUAUAUUGAUUUCAGCGCGUACAAAUCCACAAAAUCAACUGUGUUCCGUUUUAGAAAGCCCAUUGUUGCAAAUGCCUUUGCCGUUGUUGAAGUGAUGUGGUCGGCGAAGCGAAAGGGUAUAUUCGCAACGCCUUAGAACUGCCAAGCGUCCGAAGCUUAUCGAAGUAGAUCGGCAUGACGUUUAGUAAGCACCAUUCCUCUAUAUUGUCUAUAUCAUUUUGAGUAUAGCAGUGUCGAGUCCAGAGGAAAUUGAAGGAAAGAUUUUCAGAUGAUCAGCGUAGAGUAGUUUUUCACACUUGAUGCGGAUCUUUGAUGAAUAAGAAAAAGAUAAGUGGCCCUAGACGACUUCCUUGAGGCACACCGGUUGGCUUUACGAAUGCGCUUGAGCGUGCGGUGCCAAUUCUAACGAAGGCGGAUCGUUGUGAGUGGUAAGAAUGCAUCCAUCUGGUUACCCAGUCAGGAAAACCUAGUCGCUCCAGUUUCAAAACAGCAAUGUUGUGUCAAAUGCUUUCGCGAAAUCAAAAUAUACCGCGUCCACUUGUCGAAGCUUCUCAACAGCUGGAAUUUGAAAACUUCCGUACGUCAUCAAGCUUGAAGAGGCGGAACGUUUUUUUACGAAUCCGUACUGACAUUCGUCAAUUAUGUUGCAUUAUAGAGAAACUUUUCCACAACUUUAGCUAGACAGUUCAAUAACGAGAUGGCUCUGUAAUUCUCGAUAUUGUGGGUGUUUCCAGCCUUAUGGAUGAGAACUAUAGCAGCUUCUUUCCAUACACUUGUGAUAACAUUUUCCGAGAUUGAGAUCUGGAAAAUUAUGCUUACUGGUGCAGAGAGAACUUAGGCACAAUGUUUUAUAAACGCAGGAAACAAGGAAUUCGUACCAGGCCCUUUCAAUGGAUCAACGCUGAACAGAGCGCUGAAUACACCGGAAACAUUUACGUUAGAACGAAGAAGGGUGAUAGUAUACGUUGGCAAUGUUUCAAGGUACUGUUGCGAUGGAUAGACAGGAGGGCUGGUAAAUACAUCUCGGAAGUGCUCUGCGAUUUUUUUUUAUAGAUAGACAUUUUCUGGUAUACCCCCGGAACGUUUUCUGGUAUUUAAAAACGUCCAGAAUGUCGAGGAAUUGUUUCGAAGGGUUCGUUCGACUUGGUUCAGAUAUUCACCGAAUGCACUGUUACGGGCUGUUUCAUAUUGCAGUUCCAUUUGACGAAAUAUAGUUUUGUUUUCGUCGGCCUACGACGUAUAUAUCGCUUUCGUUGUUUCCGGAGUACAUUUCGUAGCCGACCAAGCUCGGGAUUCCACCACGGUAACUUAUAACCUGCUGCUGAUACGUUUUUAGGAGUAUUGCAUUGCAUUUUGUCCAUACAGCAUAUUACGCUAAUUGACUGCACCAAUGGCCAUUGAGUUGAGAUCGUCGUUGAUUGUAUCAAAAGCGUAACUACGAUCAGAAUGUGUAUCAAAUCUUAAAAUGAAGGGUUUAUGGUGAUGGUCUACCAUUAGUAUAGAUGUCGGAGGCUCAAUCAGUUCAAACACGUCCGUGUCGUUGACGAAGGCUAAAUAUAGGGUCUGUCCAUUCACGUUGCUAAGAGCUGAUUUGACGCAGCGCUCAGCGUUUCUGUGAUGGCCAUCUCUUGUUCCGAAGUUGCAUUUUCAGGAAUGUACCACUUGAAAUCGCCAUCGAGAAUCCACCGGAAAUGAGGGAGAUUGUAAUCGCCCAAAACAAGUACAUUGUAUUGUCGGUUGGUCUUCUCAAGAAUAUUCUGGACCGCAGAUGAGUAAAAGUUGUACAUGUCAAGAUCGCUAUUCGGUCGCAGACAAAUGCAGCAUACAUAUAAAGAUUGACCUGGCAGUGAAAUGCGUACGACAACUUGUUCCAAACGUUCACAACCAGCACAGUUCCUGUUAGAUUUUUCUUUAUCGCUAUAAGAACACCACCUCCGCAGCUUAGAUGACUGGUAGAAGAGUUGCAUCGGUAGAUUGCGUAGUUCGUCGAUGGCUCAGCGUUUAAUAUACCUUCAUGUAGCCAGGUUGCGGUGAGAACGAUAAUAUCGUAGUCGCAGGAAGUGAGGGCAAGCAAGAAAGUUUGCGUUUUAGUUUGCAUUCCGCGAACGUGCUGGUAGUAGACGGACAGUCGUGUGCUGUAUGCGACUGUGUGCUAUGAACCAAAGGGAGCGUAUUAUCAAUUAAAGCAACAAACUCGCCUGAGGAAGAAUUUCGGAAGACCGUCUCACGACCUCCUAAUGCAGGGUCGGGACGACUGAGCUGGUCGCUGGCUGGUAGCGCGACUGCGUUGGAGCGCUAAGGCCUUCGUAGUCCUAUAACGGUCUCAGUGUACCGGUGAUGGCAGCGCAGCGUGAGUUUGUAGAUGUAGUUUCAACGAUGGCUUGGCUAUUAUGCUUCGUUUAAGAAGCGACGGAUUGCACGAACGCAUUGUACACGAUGAUACGCUAGAAACCGAAUGGUUUUCAGAAAGCGAAUUGUUAUGUAAAGCAAAAUACUUGCCUGAGAAGGGAGUUCGGAAGAUCCUCUCACGACCUCCCAACGCAGGGCUUGGGGGCUUAGUACUGUAUAACCUUCUCGGUGUCCCGCUGAUGGUAGUGAAUUUGUAGAUGUAGUUUCGACAAUGCUUCGUUCAAGAAACGGCAGAUUGUGCGAACGUAUUGUAUGUAGCGUGCCAUUGGACGCUAGAAACCAAGUGAUGUUCAGAAAGCGGAGUACGAAAACCAUCUGUGCCUUGUGCGUUCUCAGGAUUACGGACUCGAUGAUCGGUAAAACCAAAAGUAGCGUUAAGGCGGCAUACGGUAACAUUGCCAAAACAGGAGCAUGCUGCAGCACGGAGUGAAUGGGUGACGGGAUUGUGAAAAAAGCGUAAUACUCACCUGAGAUGGGAACCUGAGAGCAGAGCUUAAAAAAAUUGACACCCUUGCGUGAACUUGAAAAAGACACGAAAUUUAAUUCAUGCUCGCCGCGAUGCAUGAAAUGUUUAGUUUGUUUCUCUCGUCAGUCGUUUUCCCGAUACAGCGCAUUCAGGUUCGGAUAUGUUCGGUUUCAGAAGCAAACUGUAUUUUGUUUGUAUGCUGACUCUGAGGGGGAUAAUUGAGCAAAAGUGUACCAGAUAUAGAUUACGCAGUUCACUUAUGCUCGAAAAUGUAAAAGAUUCCAACUUCUGUCUUCAAACUGUCCACGUAAUAACAAAUGAAUGCUUUGGUUGGUGAAGGGAUUAAUAUUUUCUCUGCACUCAAGCAUUCGAUUCUGCAUGAAAUUUCCGUCAGUUGAAAAAUUAAUGAAUGAGGGAGGAGGUGAGUCUGAAUGUUGGUUUCGGUAAAUACAAGCAGAAAUAGGUCACUGAUUUUCAAAUUUCGCAGCACAACCCCCCACCGUCCAUUAAAGAGCGCGUUAAUUUAGUGUUACGCUCGGCUAUUGAUGUGCUGCUACUCCUAGCGUAUUUGGUUAUAGCUUUGAAGUUAGGUUCACAACGAGAGGUUUACGAAUUUUUUUAGCAGAAUGUUCCUCGAAAAAAAUCCAAUGCGACCGUUUUUCAAUCCAGAGGAUCUAAACCGACUGUGAAGGAGACGAAUGUCAUGUUACUGAUAUCCGUUCCUUUGGCAACCAAUUUAACCACCUCAGGAUUCUGCACCAUAUCUAGAUUGGCCCGUUCCAUUGCAAUAAUUUCGUCGUUGGUGACAUCUGGUCGUAUACGGGACAAGCAAAGCCAGAAUUUAUUUUACGGCAACUAAUUUAUUCAUGUAAUGAAUAAUUUAACUAACGAUUUGUUAGAAUGAGGAACAAACGAGGACAACCGUACCGACCGUUUCAGUUUAUAGGGGGUUAGGAUAUAUCGUUGGGAGUGACUUGGCUAUGAAGGUUUAUGUCACUCCUUUGGUCCUUGGGGAUGGGCAGAGGUGUACAAAAACCAAUGCCAUAAUACAUUUAUGCUUUCUCCGCAGUCGAACAUCUGUUUGGUUUUGGUAAGUUAUCACAAAAGUUUGUAAAUAAAUUGUUGCAGUCUUCAGUUUUAUAAAUCGAUUAUUUUAUAUUUAUGUAUACUAUUUUUGUUCGAAGGAUAAUAAAAUAGAAAUAUUCUGAAAGUACUCUAUAAAUACUUGCGUAUAAUUUUGGAAACCUCUGGACAAGUAAGAUCUGAACCGAAACAGCAAACAUGGAGCUUCCUGCUUUACUUUUUUGUCUGUCGAUCUUUGGAUGAUCAAUUUCAAAACGGACAACGUUUCCCGAACGAAUCUAUCCUUCGAAGCAUCGCAAAAAAUUACAAAACGCCUAAAAAUGCAUGUUGCGUACACCAUUGCAAAUUAGAUCAUGUUAGUUUGUUAAUUUUAUGUUCAAACAAACUUUAUUUUAGAAAACAUAUAUAAAAAAGCCUUCCAUGGAACAAAGGUGCAUAUACCAUUGGCAGUGUGGCCGUAACUGAUGACCAAAUAAUAAAUCUUGUGCUUCGUGUAUAAGUUUUAUACUGACUAAAAACCCUACAAACACUUGUUUUGCAACACAGGAAUAAUAGUUUUACGAUAAACGAAACAAACGAUUACACCUCAUACCGUUUAGUGGCAAUCGCCACCAAUAAGCACUUCACAGCAGAAAUAGAACUAGUUCCGGUUUCAUACAUUGCACUUUGUUUAAGUUUUCAAAGAUUUAUAGAUUUGAAGGGAAAUACAAUACAACUGUUGAUAUUUUUUAAUGAUAUUUAUAAUAUAAAUGAAACACAAGGAACAUGAAUAGAAUGACCUUCUUCGGGGGUUGAUAACAGGUAAUAGAAAAUACAAGACAGUUGGUGCUUCCAGCGGAUUCACGUUCGGUUUUUUCUCACAUUUCUUUUAUACUCAAUACUAAAACAUAACACUUAAUUAAAUUACAAAUGUCUUAUGAGUAAGGAUAAAACACCAGUUUUUAGGUAUGGAUGCGUUGUGGUAACCGAAAUGCGGAGAGGAACAACAACUGGCGCUAUAGAAUAUGCAGUGCAUACUUUUGAUAUAAUGCAGAAAGAAAACCAUUGUUUUAGCAGAGUAGAAGUAUUAUAGAGAUGUGUUUUAAUGACGCCAUCUUGCAAAUCUUAGCUCCUUCACUAAUAUAAACAAUACAAUGCAAAUGUUCUGCAAAACUUUCCAAAUUUCGUCAUUUUUUCUACUAGAAUGUUUCAUAUGAAAAAAGUCUGUUUAUUUGGGCAUAUCUUUAUAAACAAUACAGAUACCAGCAGUUCAAGUCGGUUAUGUCUCCACAUAUUAGAACACAUCUGCAUAACUUAGUUCAUAAUAGCCUAAAACUACGCAAUAGAAUAAGAAGAAUAUUAAAACAGCGACACUAUUUUUCAAAAUGAAAGUUACAAAGUGCAUUAUUUAUUGUUGAUAUUGAAUUUCGUAGCCAGUAGCGUUUAAGUCUCGACUGUUUAUUUACAUUUCACAGCCGUUGGGGAAAAAAGUGCUGAAAGUACUAGCGCAAGGCGCGAUAAUUGAAAUACUGUUCUCAGUAUGUAAAAUGAAGAGCGGAAGAAAAAACGGAGCUACUUAUAUAUGUUAUUUACCAACAUGUUCCCUUUUGCUAAUCAUACUGUGAAAAU